AUGUCAAAAGUCUUUGCAAACGUUUGUCCAAACGCAGAAAAAUUCUCUCGCUCGAAUAAACUCUUUUGCUGCGUCCUUUUGGUGCUUGAAGAGAUGACCAUGGCAGCAAACUUGGCGAGACGGCUGAUCGGAGGCCGAUCAAACCAGAUCCUUGGAACUAGCUCAGGUGCGGCUACUUCCGUCGCUAGGGCUUUCUGCUCUUCCACUACUCCGAUUACCGCAACCUUAUUCCCUGGCGAUGGGAUCGGUCCCGAGAUCGCUGAAUCCGUCAAAAAGGUGUUUACAACCGCUGGUGUGCCGAUUGAUUGGGAAGAACACUAUGUUGGGACUGAGAUAGAUCCUAGAACACAGAGUUUCUUGACCUGGGAAAGCCUCGAAUCUGUGCGUAGAAACAAAGUCGGCUUGAAAGGUCCAAUGGCUACUCCAAUUGGGAAAGGUCACCGUUCUCUGAACCUGACUCUUAGGAAAGAGCUGAAUCUGUACGCCAAUGUAAGACCUUGCUACAGUCUUCCUGGUUACAAAACCCGUUACGAUGACGUUAAUCUCAUCACCAUCAGGGAAAACACGGAAGGAGAAUACAGUGGUCUCGAACACCAGGUUGUUAGAGGUGUGGUGGAGAGCCUUAAAAUCAUUACCCGUCAGGCGAGUUUGAGAGUGGCAGAGUAUGCUUUCCACUAUGCUAAGACUCAUGGAAGAGAGAGAGUUUCCGCGAUUCACAAAGCCAACAUUAUGCAGAAAACUGAUGGUCUUUUCCUCAAGUGUUGUCGUGAGGUUGCUGAGAAGUAUCCUGAGAUCACUUACGAGGAGGUUGUUAUUGACAACUGCUGUAUGAUGUAUGAUUUCGUAGCCAAUGAUCUCAAGGCCUUUUGUAAUAUCGGGGAAGAUGGUGUAGCCCUCGCCGAAGCAGUCCACGGUUCAGCGCCCGAUAUUGCUGGAAAGAAUUUGGCGAACCCAACAGCUUUGCUACUGAGUGGAGUGAUGAUGUUACGUCACCUGAAGCUCAACGAACAAGCAGAGCAGAUCCACAUUAAUUUAAUGACGAUAUAA